AUGAUUGUUGCAGGUAAUGGUACAGCGGGAUCAGAAUUAAAUCUUUUGUUUUUUCCCGUCGGCAUCUUUGUCGACAUCGAUUUCAAUCUCUAUGUUGCCGAUGCUGGAAAUAAUAGAAUUCAAUUAUUUCGAUUCGGUCAAUUGGAUGCAAUUACAAUGGCUGGUCAUGGAGCAUCGAUCAAUUUUGCACUCUUCUUUCCUACAGGAGUGGUUGUCGAUGCAGAUGGCUAUUUGUUUAUUGUUGAUCACAACAAUAAUCGCGUCGUUCGAUCAGGACCCAACGGUGUUCGAUGUGUGGUUGGAUGUUCAAGACAAUAUGGCUUAGGAUCUGAUGAACUAAAGCUUCCAUGGGGUCUUGCUUUCGAUAGCUAUGGCAACUUGUUUGUUACUGAUUGGCGGAAUGGACGAGUUCAAAAGUUUUCUUUCAUUAGAAAGUCUUGUGGUAAGUUGGAUCAUUAA